AUGAGCGAGUCAGAAUUGCAGCAGCUGCAGGUCCUCUGUGAGGCUAUGUAUUGCGGAAAUAAGGAAGAACAGAAUCAGGCGCACACGAUACUGUUACCCCUAGUGAACAAUGUAGGAAACGUAAGCAAAUUGAAAAACAUCUUGGGGAAUACAAACCAUGUGCACACGCUAAUUUUCACAACGUCGGGAUUGCUCCAAUUAAUCACAAACGAGUGGAACAAGAUCGAACAGAAUGAGAAGGAGGAGUUGAAAGAAUUCGUCCUGUCCUACUUGUACAACAAAGGAGUGGAGAUUUUAAAUUUAUCCUCCAACGUGCUAGGGAAUUUAGUAAGGUUGUACGUACGCAUAGUAAAAUUAUCGUGGUUGGAAAAUACGAAUUAUUCACUGAUAAUCAAGCAAGUAGAUUAUUUUUUAAAUUCCGUAACGAGUCAUUGGAUAAUUGGAUUGUACAUUUAUGCAGCAUUGAUAGAGGAUAUGCACCCUCAAUGUGGAGUCAAUUCCGCGAAAAACAGGAGGUGCGCAAUCUCUUUUAGGGAUUAUGUACUGAAGGAUAUAUUCAAAGUCGGCAUAGAAACGCUUGAAGAGUUUGUAAAGGGAACUAUAAGGAUAGAAUUAAGAAUGGACGAAAAUCGGUUGCUAAUUAAAAUAUUAGAAUUAAUAUAUAAUAGUUUGUCCUUUGAUUUUAUGGGUACCAUGAUAAACGACGAAAGUUCUGAUGAAAAUGUAUCCCUGAUGAUACCUCAAUCAUGGGAUAUAUUUAACGAGAAAAACAUUCCAAAGUUAUUUUUCGAUAUGUAUGAAAUUUGUAUGUCUGAUGCGGAUGACUUGCGAAAUUGUUGUGGAAAAUACUGCUUGCGAUCUUUAAUACUUCUUGGAGGGUUGAGAAAAACAUUUUUUUCCAGUGAGAAACAAAAGACAAAUUAUAUGAAUGAAUUUUUGGGAGGACUCAAUAACAUUAUCGAGAAGAAAAUUGGACUCCAUGAUGAGGAUUGCUUCCAUGAGUUGUGUAGACUAAUAGGUAAAAUUGACACCAGCAUUCGUCUACAAGAAUUGAGUACUUACCCAAACUUCCUUUCCUGGUGUCACAAUAUAUAUUUAUUUACUAUUGAUGGAAUGAAGAAUUGGAAGUACCUAUGCAAUAGUAAGCAUUACCUACUGGGUAUUUGGAGUAACAUGCUAAAUAUAAUUCCAGCCAAAGUUAUAAAAGAAAUUAAUAGCCGCACGGAUGAAAACGAACUGUUGAAAGAUGUCCUCAGUAAUAAAAAUAUAUUCCUAAAAAAGAAUCCAAUAUCCAAUAGCUUCAGUUCUCAUGAUAUUGAUAAUAAAUUUUUAAUUAUUUGUGAUUAUAUUUACGACAUUAGCAUGAUUUUUAUCAACACCCGAUUGGAGCUAGCGAAAUACAUUUGUGAGGAGGGAGACAACUGUGAAAUGGAAAAUCCUCUGUACAAUGAUGUUCUGCGGAGCGAACAAUUAGAACUUAUUUCAAACCUAUCGAAAUUGCAGUACCAUUUUAUUGGAGCUAAACUGUUGUCUAUUUUUUAUGAACUAAAACAUAACCACGAAAAUAAUUUGAUUAGCAAAGCGGUGUUUAUUGAACAAACCACUUGGCUCGUUUUUAUUAUCGCUUCCAUCAUAUCCAGUAGCGCUGUGUCAAAUAUGAAAAGUGCAUCAUAUGACAAUUUUAAAAUAAAUUCGGAACUUUGCUUUCUCGUUUUUUCUCUCAUGGAACAGACGAACAAAUCGACCGAAGUUUUUGAGUACCUCGAAUUUGCCUACCUAAACUGUCUGGAGCUUUUUAAAAAAAUCUACAUCAGUGGGAAGAAAAAUAAUAACUUUCUCAAGGAGAUGAAAUCCGUGGCCAUGAAAAUUACCACCCCCUCUGGCGGGGGGGCAGGAGGGAAUAGUAACAACCCCUCUGGAGGAGAUCACCCUUUGCAAAUGUCAAGCAUGAUUACGCCUGACGGUGUGACGAACAGCGGGUUGUCCUUUUCCUCAGGAACUGCAGGAAAUAAUGUUACUUCAACGAUCAUGAAUAAUAGCAUGAAUAAUUUUUCCACCCCAUCUCUAAUUACAAAUAACGACGACGAAGAAAAUAACGACCCUCUCAUAGACCUAAUCGUCAGUAAAAUUCUUUUCAAUUUGAACAACCGAACUGAAUAUGAACAAAUUGUGAAAAGAAGUUUGGACUUGUUUCAUGAUCUGGUGUCCGGCAUGAAUAUCGUAUGUUUGGAAGAUAAAACGCCCAAGCUCAUAGUCUUCGCGAGGAUGCUACUGAAAAACGAAAAAGUGCUAAACUUACUACAUAAUAGGGAUAGCAAAUUCCUUAAGGUAGCGAAAUAUUAUAAGUACAGAACCAACUACUACUUAAUAUUGACAAAACUCCUCUUCAUGGAACAAAAUCUCGUUUCGUCUUCGUUCGAAAAAUAUAUCCUACCCAUAAAUAAUCUCCUCGAAUGUAUUAAGAGAGAAAUAAGCUUAAAUGGGAAAGACAUUAUUUUGAAAAAUAACGAAAUAAAAUUAUCCUUCAUUGGGGUGCUCAGGGAUUUAAGAGGAAUAUGCAUGGCUUGUAACAAUGUAGAGACAUAUAAUAUGUUUUUUAAUUUCUUCAUCAAUAGCUACCCUUUGGAAGACAACCAAAUGAAUAUUCUUACCUCCUUGGUAGAUGUCAUAUGGGACAACUACAACAUAUGCAUUCCUUUUUUGAAAUUCAUGUGCGAAUUUGUUUAUAACAAGUCGCAGAGAAUCACAUUCCCAAAAUCAUCCCCCAACGGUAUACUCCUCUUCAAAGUGGUAUCCAACAUACUUAUCAUUAUAUCAAAUAAUUUGUUGCAGAAGGAGAAGUUUAUGGAUCUAUACAAGGAAAAGUACAAAAUUAUCUCCCUCCUUUUGAACAUGUUCAAUAAUUGCUUAAACGGGGAUUUUGUGAAUUUUGCUAUUUUCGAUCUCUACAAUGAUGAUAUUCUUAACAAUGCUUUGAACUUGGCUCUGAACUUGUGCCUUGUCAUCCCUACGAAUGACUUACUCUCCUACAUCAAGCAUUUAAAGCCAUAUUUUUCCUUUUUGGAUUUAGUUACCAAGAAUUUUUUCCAACGCAUUUUGAACCUGGAAUUUCAGCUCAUUGCCGAUAUUAUUCACAAUGUUAAGGAGGGCCUCUGCUCCUUUGACUACACCGUGUCCAUGACUUGCUGUUCUAUCCUCGACAACAUCGUCACGUACAUUUUUACCAACCGGAAGAGCUCCAACGAGCAAGGACAGAUAAUAAAGAACUUCCUGGAAAGUCAGCCACAAGCUCUCAAGGAAGUGCUCAACUUGAUGUUCCACUUAAUACUGGGAGGCGAUUUUGGUAGCACCUGGAGCAUGUCGCAGCCUCUGUUGGGUCUCAUACUCCUCGAUGCGCAGGGGUACUUCAAAAUACAGGAACAACUGAUUUCACAGCAGAGCGAGGAGAAGAAGCAGAAGUUGAGACACAGUUUCUGCAAAUUAAUGGAUCACAUUGAGUCGAAUUUGGCCCCGAACAACCGGGAAAACUUUACGAGAAACCUGUAUACCUUUGCUCAAGAAAUUAGGAACAUAUUAAUUUAG